AUGCUUAUCCCGAAGGCUGACAGGAAGACCAUCCACGAGGCUCUGUUCCGCGAGGGCGUCCUCGUCGCUCCCAAGGACUACAACCUCCCGAAGCACCCCGAGCUCGAUGUCAAGAACCUCUAUGUCAUCAAGGCUCUGCAGUCCUUGACCAGCCGCGGCUACGUCAAGACUCAGUUCUCGUGGCAGUGGUACUACUACACCCUGACCCCCGAGGGUCUCGACUACCUCCGAGAGUGGCUUCACCUGCCCGCCGAGAUCGUGCCUGCUACCCACAUCAAGCAGCAGAAGUCCCACGUUCCUCCCCGAGGCAUGCUGGGUGAGGGCGAGCGCGAGCGCCGCCCCUUCGGCCGUGGCCGUGGCGGUGACCGUGGCGACCGUGAGGGUGGCUACAGACGACGUGACGCUGGUGAGGGCAAGGAGGGCGGUGCCCCUGGUGAAUUCAACCCUCAAUUCCGUGGUGGAUUCGGCCGUGGCCGCGGUGCUGCUCCUCCCUCGUAA